UCUCCAUCUCAAACGCACGCACAUAUUCACCACUAGUUUCCAGGACACAAUGCAAUAACCUCCACACUUCCAUACUCUCUACGCCAGAAACCAAAACAUAAAAUUCAGCUCACUAGCCAUCGAAACAAAACCACCUCUCAAAUUACACAUGUCUAACAUAUAAUUCUGGUUCAAUCCUUUUUUGUGUUUUUGUUUUUCUGAGAUGGGUUUUGGCAAAGCUGCAUGGCUGGUUCUGUACUGUUGGGUUUUUGUGGUUUUGUGUAUGAAAGUUCAUUGUGACACUUCAUCAGAGGUCUCUGUAAAGUUCUUGAAGACCCCCCAUGCUUUCUCAAAUCUGAACUCAGCUACAUUUGGCUUUCAAGUUUUGUUGGGUCCUAAUGGGCACAACAACAUUUGCACAAAUUGCAACACCAAUUGCACGUUGGAUGGUGGAAAGCCUUCAAAUUGUGACACUAGAGAAGUUUCUUACAUGGGGUUGCAGGAUGGAAAUCAUACGUUCAAGGUCUGCACCAAUGGGCCUCAAGGUGUUGGCUGUGCUAUCCAUAACUGGACUGUUGACACCAUUCCCCCUACAGCAUAUGUUAUGGCAACAACAUCUUUUACAAAUACUCGAAAUGUUACCGUAAAUAUUUCUUUCAGUGAACCAUGUACUGGUGGAGGUGGUUUUGGAUGUUCGUCCACAAAUACCUGCAAUCUUCUUGUCUAUGGUGCUGGCCAAGUUGUACCAACUACACUCAACAUUCUUGAGCCCAACCUCAAAUUUUCUCUUAUUGUGAGUUUGUCUUCGAUUGUUGAAUAUGGACGAGUGAUCUUGGUCAUGGACAAAAAUUUCUGUACAGAUAAUGCUGGAAACAAAUUUACAAGAACAGAAAAUUCAAGUUUUUUGAUACAUUUUGAUAGGAGAAGUGUCUUUGUCAAUUUGCGGACUCAUAUCCCUGAAAGGCUACUUCAACAUAACAAUGAAACUAGAACUGUACAAGCAACUAAUAAUCAUAAAAACCUCAAAGUAUAUCUGUACUUCUCAGUACCCGUUCUCAACUCAUCUGCUGAAAUUUUAAAUUCUCUCCAUACAAGUCAGGGCUCACUUCUUCCUAUUAGUGGAAAUAGGCUCAGAAAUCGCAGAUUUGGCUUUAUGGUGGAAGAAAUACCAAGCACAUGUAUAGUCACAAUCAGCCUUAAUUCAGGCUUAAUAAUAAGCAGACAGGGGACCAGAGUUUCUCCUGUUGCUCCGGUUACCUUUCUUUACGAUUCUCAGAGGCCUGCAGUGAGAUUGAGCACAACAUCUAGCACGAGGACAAAAGAAAACAAUAUUUCAGUAUUGAUAAAGUUCAUGAAGCCUGUAUUUGGCUUUAAUUCUUCCCAUAUAUCCAUUAGAGGAGGGCAUUUGCAGAGCUUUUGUGAAGUGAGUAGGAGCUUAUAUGUUUUAGAGACACAGGCAGAUGAUCAUACCAUAUUGAUCAGCAUCCCUGAAAAUGUAACUCAGGACGUUUCUGGAAACAAAAAUGUGGCAUCUAAUGUUCUACAAGUCAGGCACUAUUCUGUACCUGUAACAUCUACGGUGCUCUCCACUUUUGCAACUAUGUCUUUUGCAGUGACAGCUUCAGCUGCGGGGGUGCUCACACUUUCAACUGCAGGCCUUCAAUCUGUUGGGUCAUUUUCAGCACCAUCUUCUUCUUUGACAUCCGAUCCUGCAAGGAAUCUUUUUAGAAGUGCAUGCCACAUUCAGGUUUUCGCACUCUCCCGAUAUUUGGCAGACACAUUGCCCGUUCAGUAUUAUGAAUUUGCAAGAGGCUUACAAUGGAGUAUCCCCUACUUCAGUCUCCCAUGGGAAACUGGCCACAUUCAAUCAGACAUGGUUGGCUCAAGUUGUCCAACAAAUUCACAUUCUUAUAAUUCCAAAAUUCAUGAGCUAGAAACUUUUGAAAAUGUGCAAUUGCGAGAACGAAAUUCAUAUAUGGCUGCUUCAAUAUACGGGUCGCCACUAACUCCAAUGGAAUACAGAUCACUUUUGGAGGAUAUUGAACCCGUAGCUGAAUAUAUAUUGGACCUGCAUAAUUCAAAUGGGUGGAGGGAUUUCAACCGAAACAUAUUUUGGCUAGUUGUUAUUGGUGGCAGCUUGAUACUAUUGCAUGGUUUACUUUUGUUUAUCUUAAAGUUGAGGAACAAUAACUCAGAAGAACAGGGCAGUUACGGAGCACUCAUUUUCCCCAGAUUUGAAAUAUUUCUCAUAAUUCUUGCACUACCUUGUAUUUGUGAAGCUUCGACAGCUCUAAUUAAAGGAGGAGCAUCUUCGGGCGUUAUAGUUGGCAUUCUCCUAUUGGUUAUUGUAUCUUCCCUAUUGCUAGCCUUAUUCUUGUUCCUCUCCAUUGGAAUUACAUAUGGGAAACUACUUCAAUACAAGGAAAUACAUCAAGAGAGCCGGAAAUAUCGUUGGUAUCGAGAUAUUGUCAAGGUGACUCUAGGUCCUGGUAAAAAAGGCCAAUGGACAUGGAAGAACCAACCCAACUCUGUUUGGCUAACCAUGUUAGGCCCUCUAUUUGAAGAUCUAAGGGGUCCCCCAAAGUACAUGCUUUCACAGAUUGCCCGUGGAAAUCCCCCCCGCAAGCGUGGUGAUAAAAUCAUCGCCUCCGAUGAUGAAACCGAAGACGCAGAAGCACCUUGUGUUCAAAAACUGUUUGGUAUGCUUAGAAUAUACUAUACAUUGCUCGAGUCUAUGAAACGGGUUUGUCUUGGAAUUAUCGCUGGGGGUGCCUAUUCAGAGAACUGGUCUUCUAAAACUCCAAUCAUUAUCUUACUUUGCAUUGCCUCAUUUCAGCUGUUCUUCAUAGUUCUCAAGAAGCCCUUUAUUAAGAAAAAGGUUCAACUGGUGGAGAUCAUCUCGGUUUGCAGUGAACUUGGUAUUUUCGCUACUUGCUUCCUUCUCUUAGAGAUGGAAUUUUCAGCCGGGGAUGAAGUGAAAAUUGGGAUAUUUAUGCUUUCAUUGUUCUUAGUUGCUUUUUUGACACAAAUAAUCAAUGAAUGGUAUGCUUUAUAUAGACAGACAAAACGGCUUGAUCCUGCUGAGGACUCUUUUGUAUUGGGUCUGAAAACGGCUUCACUUGGGUUUUUUCUGUUUUUCAUUCCGCAGAAGUUGAUCAAAAAGCUACAGAGCUGGUUCUUGCUAGAUCAACCAGUGGACUGCGAAUCAGUAGACACGCGGAGAAGCUCUGGAAGUAGGAGGGGCUCGGGUAUGACAGAUAAAUCAUGGCUGAAACAGUUGAGAGAACUGUCAAAAUCAAGCUUUCAUAAAGAUGGAAAUAGAGCUUCAAGUGAUCCUUCCUCAAGUCACACCAGAUGGAGUGGAAUCUGGAGUAGCAACAAGAGUGGGAACUUGACAUCAGCAGAUUUCAAUUCAAAACGUAGAGGUUUGCACAAAUAUUUUAGAAGUCUUUUUUUUUUUUUUUUUUACAUGUAUAAAACAUUCAAGAAAUGAAAAGGUUACUAUCCACCCACCAUCAGUCCACCCACAAAAUCUGAAGUGUAACUGACAUAACUACUUUUUGAAAAUUUCAGUUUUCUCUAAGACUUUAUUGCUCAGAGGUUGAGGGUUUGUAGUCCCAUCCUAUGCCACAGGAAUUAAUUAAGUAAUAGUUGAUUAUGUGUUGCCAUUGCAAUGAAUUAGAUUAGUGAAUGAAAAGGGUGGAACUUAUUUUGGUUCCUUUAUACUCA